AUGACAAUUACCUUCAAUUACAACAGCGGUGAAAUUGUAUCACUGCCAGCUGUCAUUGUCUCUGGUAGAACGACAAGUCAUGUCCAGAGUGGGCUCGUUCAAUUUGUGAACAAUUCCAAUAAGGUUUUUCCUCCGCAGUUCCAUGAGGUCAACAACGGCCAAUUCAAGGCUUUUGUGCAUGUAUCGCCUGGUGAAGCAAACGACUUCGAGGUACAUAUCCUAGACAAGGCACACUUGGAUCCUAACGGAUUCCCUGUGAACCACCAGAAUGUUGUUGAUCUGGGUAAACUUACGCUUUUCUUCAAUGAAUUGCCACAGAACAAGCCGGUCCACUUGUGCGUUAUCAUGGGCAGAGACUCCAACGGAACAUACGACAUGCCGAAGUACAAGGUGAACCAGGGACAAUAUGCCAACUUGGACACAGCCAUUCAAAGAAUCAAAGUGGGCGCAAGAAUGAUGCAAGCAUUUACUCAGGACGAGUUCCACCGCCUCGGUUUGAGCAACCGGUCCUUUCAGUUUGUUGAAGAGACUAAGCUGCAUCAAGGCAUCUUCGGCUACAACGUGGACUCACCUACACCACAUAAAGAGGUGAAGGUGCAUGUCUUGCGCUCACCCAAGACGGUUGCCGAGUUGAGAGACCCCAAUGUCGCUCAACAAAACCCGGACGCUAAAGACAAGGGCUGGUUGUUCAGCCAUGCCAUUGACUUGAUCAAAAACACCCCCGACAUCAUUGGUCCUUACAAACAAACCAACACUGCCGUGCAGUGUGCUGUCAUAUAUUUGGACUCGACCUGGGCCAACAAAAAAUACAUCACCACUCACGCUGCUCUUGGAGGUGGCACAGGCGAAGUCAAACUAGCCAUUUUCGGCUCCCACGGCCUCCACGCCUACCCUUACACUUUCCCACAAAUUGCAACAACACUCACAGACGGUACAAAACUUUCCAUAAAUGAAGUUGCCAACGACUGCAACCAGUGUGGAACAACAUGGGAAUGUCACAAUAUCUGCUUAGGUGCAUUUAUGCACGAGAUUGGCCAUCUGUUCGGUCUGCCUCACCAGACUGACGGAGUUAUGCUUCGUGACUACAUGUGGUGGAACAGAUCUUUCGUCACUAGGGAAGUAAGAUGUCUUCGUGACGGCUCCAACGGUAGAAUCAUCAAUCCGGAUGGCCUGUGGCCAAAGGAAUGUCACUGGAAUAUCCGUGAUCUCAUUCGUUAUUUCUACCAUGAUUCGUUUUCCAUUCCCGUUGAUGAAAGUGAUCAAUCAUUCCCUAAAAGUCACACUACAACCAUGAAACCUGAUAAUCUGUACCUGAACGGCGAAGUCCCAUUGCUGUACCCAGUUGGGGAAGGCAUAGUCAACAUCAAGUCUGAAGCAGGUAUUUUCAUGAUUGAGCUUGUGGAUCAAGACUUGGCUCGUCACCACACCACCUUUUAUCCCAAAUCCUAUGGGGGCCAGGGUCUUCAGCACGAGAUCACUCUUGACUACAACCAAUGUCUCAGAGAUAUCAGACUGCAGAAGCAGGAUGCCAGUGCCAACUUCUCGGUCAGAGUGUUGUCUGUCGCUGGUGACUUGUGGAUCCCAGACUUCAAGAAGCACGCGCAUCUGGCGAAUACUAUCAAGAGCGAUUUUGGUCUUGGACGUGGCACCUUAAAUGGUAUCAAGAGUGCUUUGCUUGGCUCAGAAAAGGGAGAAAUGAAGUAUAUUGGUUUUGAUGCAAAGGGCAUCUAUAAGGUGAGAGUUUACCACGGCGGUGCUUUGGACGGCUUCACUAUUUUCUACAACUCCAGUUCUGGUCAAGAGGAAAAACCACCGGUUCCACCCAGAAAUGGCGGUCUCAAUAAACUCAUGAACAAAUUCCACAUCCUGGAUCUGGGCUCUUCUGGUGGUAGUGGGGGUGGACAGGUUACUCUUGGCAACAAGAAGCCUCACUACACAGACUUUGACUUGCAGCCGGGUGAAACUGUGGAGAAGUUCACGUUUAGAAAUGGCCAAUGGUCGUACCUCGGCCAUGUUGGGUAA